UAGAGAGCUGAGGCAGGUAGCUACACAGUGAGAAGAAAAAAGAGAAAAGAAAGAUAAAGAAAUAAAGAUGGCACGCGCCAUGAAAAUCUUCUCAUUGAUGGCAAUCUGCGUGAUCAUGGUGGCACAGCAAGUUGCGGCAAUCGAGGAGGUAGCCGGGGCACCAAGCCAUGGACCCAAGGGACCAGAACUGAUCAAGUUUCUUUGCUCCAUGUCACCAAAAAAGGAUCUGUGCCUGAAAGUGUUGUUCUCUGAUCCAUCAGAGUUAGCCGGCGCAGGCCUGACCGACUUGGCAGUGGUGGCACUGAGGGCGGCGUCCCUGGACGCCUCCAGCAUGCUGGACGACGUUACCAGAUUCAUCGAUGAUCCAGACAUGAGCCCGGCCAUCCAGCAGGGUUUGUCUGACUGCAAGGAGAACGUCUUGGACGCCGGAAUGCAGCUGGAUGAUGCCGUUGCUUCCUUGUUGCAGGGUGCUGACAGAGACGCACACACCUGGCUCCGCGCUGCUUAUGCCGCCAUUGACACCUGCGAUGCUUCUAUUCCCGGAGAUGAUGAUAUUCUCUCCGUUAAGAGCAGGCAGCUCCGUACCCUUGUCGACCUUGCCACCGCCAUCACCAAUUUCUUGCCAAAUAAGAACUUCCAAAACUAGACACGCGUUUCUUGCGCUUGUAAACGGCUCCGUCACAAAAAUGACUUAUUAUGGCUAUCUUAAUCACAUUUGAAAUCUAAAU